ACGUUAUUUUCAUUUAAUUUCACAUGGGGGUAAGUUACACUCGAUUGACAACGGACCUACUAUGUAUAACGAAAUUAUUAUAGUCAUUUUUUCUUUCUAUAUAGUAUUACUCUCUAAUGGUUCCUUUCUCUUUAGAACAAAAUAAUUUGCAAGAAUAUUUAUAGCAGCCCACUUCAGACCGCAGCCUAUAGCUUUAGCACUCUCUCUCUAAAAUGGGAAAACAAAUCAACAUAGAGAGUAGUGCUACUCAUCAUCAAGACAAUAAUGUUUCCGUUAUAACAGCCUCGACCGUCGCCGCCACGAUUUCCUCCUCCGUGGUAACGUCUUCGUCAGAGUCUUGGUCUACAUCCAAAAGGUCGUUAGUGCAAGACAAUGGCGUCGGAGGAAAACGGCGGAAGAUCAGCAACGUCAGCGAUGAUAAUAAGAAUCCGACGUCGUAUAGAGGAGUGAGGAUGAGGAGUUGGGGGAAAUGGGUGUCGGAGAUUAGAGAGCCGAGGAAGAAAUCAAGAAUAUGGCUUGGCACUUAUCCAACGGCUGAGAUGGCAGCUCGUGCUCAUGAUGUGGCGGCUUUAGCUAUUAAAGGCAACUCCGGUUAUCUCAAUUUCCCUGAAUUAUCCGGUUUGCUUCCUCGUCCGGUUAGCUGCUCUCCUAAGGAUAUACAAGCUGCAGCUACCAAAGCCGCCGAAGCAACCACGUGGCAAAAACCGAUUAUCAAUGAGAAAUUAGCCGAACCGGAAGGUGAUGAGCUAAGCCACUCUGAAUUGUUGUCUACGGCUCAGUCUUCGACUUCGAGUUGUUUCGUGUUUUCUUCGGACACGUCGGAGACUUCUAGUACGGACAAGGAAAGCAACGAAGAGAAGGUGUUUGAUUUACCGGACCUUUUCACGGACGGGCUGAUGAACCAAAACGACGCGUUUUGCUUAUGCAACGGCACUUUUACGUGGCAGCUUUACGGAGAGGAUGUGGGAUUAAGGUUUGAAGAGCCGUUUAACUGGCAAAAUGACUAAACCACCCUCCACUUGCUUACUAACAUAAGUAUAGUUUUCUUAUUAAAGAACAUAUAUAUAGUUCCAGUAUGGUAUUAACUAAACUUUUAUAUCCCUUUUUUUCUUUUCUGGUUUUCUACAUUUCUUACUUUGUGAAAACAUUGAGCUUCUUGUUUUGAAUAUUUACUGUGUUUCAAAAUUGAAGUAAA